AUGUGUCAGCCCGUGGCCUACACGUACCCCCAGUGCGGCCACCUCGUCGCCUCACGCGACACAUACGACCUCCAACGCUGCAUGCGUGCGCUGUCCACGAACAUGGACUGCUGGAUCAAGCCAGACGACGCAAAGGCGCGGGUGGUGCGUCGCACGUGGCCCGGCCUGGCGCUGGGCCCAUGCAGCUCGUGUGCCAGGAUUGCCGAGGCGAAGAAUGCCUCGAUGGCCAACGCCGGCAAAACUGACAAUUGA